AUGUCGACGCUUUCGAGACGGCGCGGAGCCAAGGCCACCAGCGAGGGGCCCCAGCUGCCGGGGACGCCUCGCAAAACCCUGAUUGACGAGACCACGGGCGACGACCACAAAAUCGGCUACGACGACCAGGACAUCCGCGACCCUAAGGAGUUGCACCAACCGCUCUUAACCUUGAUGGAGGAAGUGUUGCUCAUGGGGUUGAAAGACAAAGAAGGCUACCUCAGUUUCUGGAACGAUAACAUCCUGUACGCCCUCCGAGGGUGUAUCCUUUUGGAGCUCACUUUCCGCAACCGCAUCACGCUAGUCAAUGACCCCGCCCGCCGCAGGUUCGAGCUUAGCGACCGCCUUGUCGAAGUGAUCGAUGCUACCCCUACCGGCGAAGUGCUUUUGGACGAAGCGCUUAAAAUUAUGAAGAGUGACGAGCUGAACUUGCUGGUGACGCUGUGGAUCGACUUGCUCUCGGGGGAGACCUGGAACUUGAUGAAGAUCAACUAUCAACUUAAACAAGUGAGAGAACGGUUAGCGAAGGGGCUUGUCGAUAAAGGGAUCUUGCGUACCGAAAGAAAAAACUUCAUUUUGUUCGACAUGGCCACCCACCCCGUCGCCGACAAGAUGCUGAAGGAAUACAUCAAAAACCGGGUGUUGGCGAUGUUGACCCAGCGUACGGUGGAAUUGGACCCCGUGUGCAACCCUCAGUUUGAAAAAGAUACGAGUUGCAAGUACCUCCGGCUGGUGGCGCUCAUCUGUGGCGCCUACGCCGCCAACGUGUUGGAAAACGUGUUGAUGCACUUAAACUACGACAAGCGAGAUCAGGCGUUCGCCCGUGCCGACGAGAUCCUCCAGGACUACUCGGAGUCGCCGUUCAACACCAACCACGCGUCGCCUCUUGGCUUGGGGCAAAACUUGGGCCAAGAGAUCUCUCGCGAGUGCGCCGAAGCCGGGGUGCUGGAGCUCCAACUCGAGCUUAUCGCCGCCGUGUUCUCGGUGUUUGCCCGCAUGGACUCGAUCUUGUAG